AAAAAAAAAAAAAAUCGAGGAGACAGACAGCGCCCAGAAUAACUUGAGAAGUGUGCGGAGGAGCAUCGCGUUGGACAUGGGAAUGCGGCCAAAGUCCCCAGCCUGUCGGACAUCUAAAGAGAGGAGUAGUUUUUGCAUUGUGGGGCCAAGCGUCUGUGUAGAAUUUCCUGUAUGGAGGCCGCUAUGAGACUUCCUGCUCUCGGGUGCUGGAUGUGGAUGUGGAGGUGGGAGGAGGAAUCGAUGUAGGAGCGUGGAAGGAAGGAAGGAAGGAAGACGACUCGAGACGAGUUGAAGAAGGCUGCCCGGUGGACACUGUGGUCGCCGCUAGCGUGUCAGGACAUGUCCUUUAGUUUCUUAAAGCCCCCGUGCUACUUUCAGCCCUGCCAGCAUGCUCCAGUAGUGACGGGACCCCCUCAGUCAGCAGCACUGUUUGAUCCAAGAGAAUCGUGCCUUGUAAGGAAACAGGAUGUUCACAGGCUCCACCAAGCUGCCCCCGGCCAAAACACCCCAGCCCGAACGGCUGGACGAGGUGUACGCCGCCUUACGCCGAGGCCUACAGUCAUACUUGCAGGUCCACCAGCUGGAGCUGGACACUCUGGGCCAGCAGAUUCGUGAAAAUAAGAGGAACGGUCGGCUGGGGUCUUUGUAUGAGCAGGAUAAGCAAGUGAAAGCCAUCGAGAGAUUCAUGCGUCGUCUGGAGUUCCACCUCAGCAAGGUGGAGGAGCUGUACGACGCUUACUGCAUACAGCGGCGGCUCCGAGACGGCGCCAGCAAAAUGGUGGCGGCCUUUAACUCUGCCACCGGGAGCAAAGAGGCCAGGGAGAGCCUAAGUGAGGCUAACAGGGGCUUUAGGGAAUGUACGGAGCACAUGUGCUCACUGGAGAGCGAACUGGAAAGCCACAUGGGAGAAUUCCAUGUCAAGAUGAAGGGCCUUGCUGGCUUCGCUCGGUUGUGUGCGGGCGACCAAUAUGAGGUGCUCAUGCGCUACGGGCGUCAGCGAUGGCGGCUACGAGGCCGCGUGGAAGUCAGCAGCAAGCAGAUAUGGGACAGCGAAGAGUACAUCUUCCUGCCUCUCGUCACUGAACUCUUGUCCAUUAAGGUGACAGAACUGAAGAGUCUGGCCAAUCACGUGGUGGUCGGAAGUGUGUCCUGCGAAAUGCUCGACCUCUUCUGCCCACUCCCGCAGACCCUCGCCGUGGAUAUUAACGACCUGGGAACGGUUAAGCUGAAUUUAGAAGUCACAUGGAGUCCUUUUGAUAAGGACGACCAGACAUCGUCCAGCAGUACCGUUUCCAAGCGUCUCCUGUCCAAUCAGAGCCCUCCUGACACUCCCUCAAUGCGGGAGCAAGUGUUUUAUUCUCUGCUCAAGCGACAAGGAGAGCUGGACAACGGCACCGUCUGGUCCAACUCCUCCGAGUCCUCCGACGACUCGUCCAGCCCGGCGCUGGCCCACCACGCCCAGAGACUGUCGGCCUCCAACGUCCUGCAAACCGGCGUCCCCGCGCCGCACAAGUCAAGCGCGUCGACGCCCUCGCUGUCGUCCAAUCAGGAGGAGGACGAGAGCGAAGCCGGCGAGGUUUUCCCCCCGAGAGAUCCGGUGCACAACGGCCACCCGCGGACGUCCUGCCCCCGGGGCCGGGCGGGCGAGGCCGGCCCGGAAUGUACUGUGACGGACAGGCUGUCUGUCCAAUCGACCGAGCUUCUGGGGACCUCGGCGGAGCGGAGCCGCUCGUGCUCCGACGUUUCUUCCGCCGUCGCCGAGUCGUUGGAGAGGACCGAAGAAUGUCCGGCCAAAGAUUCAGCUGAGGAUUUGAACCUCCGCACCACAGCAGGGACCACUGAGGCCGAAGGACCGAGGCAACCGGAUCACGAUCUGAAACGCGCUGAUGGCGCUUCAACUGCUCCCUUUCCCACCUCGUCUAGUUUCACUCAGGAAGUGGAGACGGCUCUUGAGAGUUUUGACUUUCUUAACUGCUCUGACCUGGAGGAAGAAGAAGAAGAAGAGGAGGAGCAGGAGGAGGAGGAGGCUGAUCUUGAGGAUCAGGUUGAUCAGCAUGAGACGGAUGAGCAUCGAGAAGACGACGAGCGGCGAACGGAAGAUGAGCAGCAAGAGAAAGAAGAAGAGCAGGAAGAGGAAGAUGAGCAUCGGAAGGACGACAAAGGAGCAGAGCAAGCAGGCGAGGAGCAGCACGCAGAAAAUCAGGGCAAGAGUGAGCAAGACAACAGCGACCACGAGGAGGAGGAGGAAGAGGAAGAUGAGGAGGAGCCGGGGGAGGACAAAGAAGCAUUCUACUCCGGAGAGAGCGACGAAGAGGCGGGAGACGGCCUAGAGUUCCUCAUGGAGGCUCCAGAAGGCUUUCGGAACUCUGACGAAGAUCGGGUCUCCGAAUCGCAGGAGUCGAGCGGCGAAGAGGAGCAGGACUUGAGCAGGGUGGAGCUGCCCGGGGAGGAGGAAGAGGAAGGGCACGGCCACGGGGAGGACCCGUCACGUGACGUUCAGGAGGCGGACGCGGAGCGUCCCCCGACUCCAAGCCACUUGGCCACCGCCGUCUUCUAAUUGGGCGGCGCGCAGCCACAGUCCGACCAUUUCCGCUCUCGUCUCAACGUGCCGGUUGCCAAGUCGACAAGCAAGCUCUUCCACUACUGCAGAGUUUGUGCACACAUUGGCCUUGUUCUGACCAAGAACCAUAAACACUUCUUCUGCUUCUUCUUCUCCUCCUCCAGCUACUUUUCAUUCCUCUUUUUUUCUUCUUCCGACAUCAUCGUGUUGCCUGCAUUCAAACCACUUUUGUUUUUAAACUAUCCACUCAGAGCGGGCUCGGUUUAUUUAAGUGACGAAAUAAGCCGAAAAAAGGAUCUUUUUCCCUUUUACUCGGCGUACAAUCAGCUGACCGGGACCAGUUCUCAGCGUUUGCAGUCAAAACGGCGGCCCGGGAACUUUUUGCAGUGUUUUCCAGCGAGUGAAGCUCUUUAGGAGAGACUCCACGCGAGGUUUGUCUUUGUCGUUUCCGCACCGCGAUAAAUGUAUUGUCGUCGUGCGGCAUUUUGUGUCUUUCGAAGCCGCACCGGGACUUCAGCUGCCUUACGACCGCACCUUUUAGGGACCCGUACUGUACAGUCGGCAGGGUUGGAGUUUGAAAACGAUGCAAUAUGCGGCGUGGAAUUCUAUUUAAAACCUGCACCUGUGCGUGUCCGCCUCAUGCUGCCGGCGCGUCCGCUGUCGAAGUUGCGACGGAUUCGUUUUCGGUGUGUGCCCAUUCCGGCCUUAGCGGUGGAGCGCUUAUCUUGUCUCAGCAUUUUUUUUGUUUUUACGUCAUCGUACAGGAAAGCCUCUUCAUUCAGAAAGUGCCUCGAGUGACGGAUUUUAAAGGUUGUAAAGAAAGAAAAAAGAAAAAAAAAGGUGAACAGGCAAAGUGUUACAGUGUUUAUUUUGGAAUUACUUUUUAAGUGUUCACCAUAAGAGAUAUUUACUGUUUCAUAUAAAGAAUUGUUUAUGUCAUGAAAUGUUUAAUUGUUCAGAAAUGUUCAAACUUUAUAAACAUUUUCUUUAAAACUAA